UGCACAGCUCUCCCCCCGAUAACGGAGCAGAGGUUACAGUUAUUUCUCAGCUAAAUAAGCACAGCCUCCUGUUACCCAUGGAUAAACACUCCGCCGUGGUGUUUCGAAAUGUGGGGCAACUGUACUUCCCCCAAGCCCGGGUGGAGUGCCACUACAGCCUGAGCCCCGACCAUCAGUGGAGCAGCAGUGACUGGAUCGGCAUUUUUGAGAUGGGCUGGUCUUCCAUCAAGCAGUAUUACACAUACACCUGGGCUCUGGUUCCUGAGGGCCACGUCGAGGGAACCAGUGUCGACUUCUCUGCACACUUCCACCCGUUCUACCUGCCCCGCCCCGGUGCUGUGGAGUACCAGUUUGUGUACGUGGAUAAAAUGGGGAAGGUGUGCGCCCGGAGCCGCCCCUUCACCUUCUGCGCCCCCAAACCACUGGAGGAGCUGGAGACGCUGAAGGAGGAGCAGGACGGCGAGGACGGAGAGGAGGAACUGCUCCUGGUCGUCCCCCGGGCUCAGCUGCUGCAGAGUCGGCUGGAGGAGUGCUUGAGGAAACAGAGCAAUUUGCAAGAGGCUUUGACGGAGGCCAAGCAGGAGUCUGAGACCGAGAAAGAAAACAGCGAGAGGGCGAAGACUGACUGGGAACGCGAACGGGAAGCAAUGAAAGAGGAGAUCACCGAGCUGAGAGACAGCCUGAGAGACAGCUGCUGCAUGCUGAAGAAGGUGGAGGGAAAACACAAGGAUGUGAAAUACAGUCAGGAGAAUCUGACCGCUGAACUGUGUAAACUCCGGAGUGAAAAGACUGAGAGUCAUCAGCAGAUCAGAGAUCUGGAGGGGAACAUCAUGGUCCUGACGGAGAGAGAGCUGGAGAGGAACCAGGAGCUGGAGAGGCUGAGAGACAGACUGAAGAAAAUGUCCAGUCAGAUGAAACACGAUGAAGAGAAGAGGAAGUCUCUGCAGGCGGAGAAGGAGGCCGCUCUGGCGGAGGCGCGGGGGCUGCAGGACCGUCUGGCGGCCGCCGAGCACGUCGCCGACGGCCUCCGCCGGGAGCUGAAGGAGCUGGGCGCCCGGCAGGGCCUCGCCCACAGCGAGCUGCACCAGGCCCGCAUGCAGGUGGCCCAGCUCACCCUGCAGCUGUCCGAGGAGAACCUGUCCCUGAGGGAGGAGCGGGCCAACUGGGCCCUGGAGAGGGAGGCCUACAAGCACGCCGCAGAGAUGGACAAAAACAAACUGCAAGAGGUGAGCAGUGAGGUGGAGAGGAAGGAGGAGUGGCUGCAGGAGGAGAGGCUGGAGAGGGAGAAACUGGAGGCCGAGCUCGCCAGAGAGAAAGACUACAAUAAAGUGCUGAAGAGUGACGCCAAGCGGGAGCUGCAGGAGCUGAAGGCCAGUUUGAAGAAGGGCCAAAAGGGAAAGGAGGAGGAAGCUGUGGACAAGCAGGACCUGGUGGACUACAUCCGCCAGCUGGAGCAGAAGUUGGGGAUUUUCUCAGAGCCUCAGUCAAACACGACCCCCGCUGCCUCCGACUCGGAGGAAACACCGGACGCCUCCUCGACCGCCGCCGAGUCCGUCUCCUCACCUCUCCUCCGGCCCGACGGAGCUGAGACACACACCCAGAGCCGCGAAGACACCGCAGACUCUCAGAAGGGUGAGCAGAGGCAGGACUGUGAAAGAAAGGAGCUGAUCCUUCCACAACUGGUCAACCCUGUCCUCAGCGAGCUGGCUGAUUCCCCCAUGUGGUGACGCUGACGGGACUGGCUCCAGUUUACUGAUCGCUACAAAAACAAGCUGCUGUCUGUCAUCAGACACCCUGAAGCACUGAGAUCGUUGUUUUCUGCCAGCAGGAAAUGCUCCUCAGUAGUGUAGAGCUUUCUCUUCAACAGAACUUGAAGCGUUUGUGUGGCUUGUAGUUUCACGAAUAUUUGAUAUUAGGAAGUAGUUUUUGGUUACUUUCAGACGUAGAAACUAUCAGUCCUGAGUUGAUUUGUAGGUUAUUUUAAUAGGGUUUAUACUUGAGAUGAAAUCUGUU